AUGCUGACCUCUGUCGCGGGGUUGUUCGUGUUCUCGGUCGGCAUCGGCGGAAUGAAGAUUGCCGAGCGCUUCCGCUUGGUCGGCUGCUGGUGCGUCAGCGGCGCGAUCCGCUUCGUUCUUGGCGACACUGGAACAGCCGCAGGAACCAUCGCAGAUACCGGGCUCGUCGGCGAAGAAGACGAUGAAGACGAAGAGGAGGAUGAAGAUAUCGCCGCUUUUGGAACUAUCUUCUGUUCCUUCUGUUCCGGCAUAACUAUCAUUGUUCCCAGAACCGAGUCGAGUUUUGGAAAGUCCAAGACACUCUAUUUCUUCACCAUCUUCACUGCAAGUUUCACUUUUAAUAACACCGGAUUCAUAGACACCGCGUACCAGGAAGAAUAGUUCCAUAAUUUUUAUAAAUAAGGUG